CGGCAACGGCAACACUGGUGAAUGAUAACUGAGGUUGUGUUGUGCGAUUUUUUCCGGGAAUUGGGCGAUGAAGUGGAAAGAGGUCAACAAUUACUUGUACAACCUCUGGAUAUUCGAUUAAUCGAAGAAUGUGCAAGUCAUUUGGAAAAUUGUUGUCACACAGUGAGCGUUGUAUUUUCAAGGUUCCCUAUUUUGUCUAACAACGUAGAAUUAAGUGUAGCUAAAAUUUAUGAAAUUGUUUGGAUUCUGUUGCAGCAAUUGGAGUCAUUUUAGAAG